AUGACACCAUUCAUAAUACCCUUUGACAUUUUGUGCGAGAUUUCCAAGGUUCUUGGACCCGAAGAUAUAGGAGGAUGCUCUUUGGUUUGCAGAGAAUGGAAUACAGUGUUCAUAAAGAUAUUAUGGAAUAGCCUCACGAUCAGGGAUGAACCUCAUCUUAAAGCUUUAUGCGAAAUUGUAUCCACACCACUUGGACAAAAAAAGAAGUACAAUUAUGUCCAGGGUAUUUCAUUUUCGAACGAUGUUCAGGUCGAUGAAGAUCAACUAAAGACCCUUCAAAAGGCAUUUUCUUGCUUGGACGAUCUUUCAAUUGGUUACGAAAGUCUCUCAAAAAUAAACUUGGGAACAAAUAGCGAUUGGGACCAUUGGAAAUCCCUGAGGACUCUGGAACUUACAGUGUACACUGGAACUGACGGAAAAGACAUUGCAGAAUUUGUUUCUAUCCUACCCCACCUACCUUCAAUCGAAGAUUUAUUUUAUCAGCGAACGAACGGGUGUGGGCGUAUGUGCCUUGGCGACUUUGAAAAGAUACACGCCCAUCUACCUCACUUAAAAGAACUUCAUAUUGGUACCGAGCUCUCAGAAAUUUCAGAUAACGAGAUUAGUAUUCUCGAAACACACACACCGACACAUUCUAUGAAAGAGGUGUCACUUAAUGUUGACCCUGUUGAUCUUCGAUGGAUAUUCUACUUUGGAAGCAAGUAUCCCUCCUUAACCAGAUUCAUCUGGAAAGAUAAACCAGAUAGUGGAAGUCCAAAUAUUCACAUGGACGAAACGUUGGGCUUGUUUCGAAGAAACCCAAAAGUGUAUUUCUCGAAUUUACAGUAUGUUAUGCUCAGGGGUAAUUCGGACAAUCAUGCACUUCACACCCUAUUCAUGUUCCUUCUCAAACAACUUCAGUCUCCAUUUACCGAAUUCAACUAUAUAGCCGGUGGUGAACCAUCUUUUGAUAUUCAAGGGAUAUUUAUGAGUGAGAUUUUAUCACGUUUGCCAGACACCGUCGAUACUAUUGAGUUAGACCUCGAAGACCAUCCAGAAAAUCCUGUAGUUCUCUUAAACGGGCUUGGUGAAUGUCCUGCUCUGGUUAGCUUAGACAUAACAGCCCAAAAUAUUACAUUUGAUGUGGAUAUGCUGUUAGAUUGUUGUCAGGCAUUGAAAUACGUAACUCUUACAUGCGACCUUUCAAUCAGCCCAGAAGCCUCCUUAGUUGGUGCCACACAUUGCUUAGAGUCUGUUUACUUUCAGAUAUCUAGGAUAAGCUCAGCUGUCUUGAGUCGUAUAUCAAGUCGUUGCAAAAAUCUUGGGCGUAUAACAAUGCAUGCAACAAGAGUAGAAUGUAAUCCAUUCUUAACAAAUGGAUCCGCACUUCUCGAUAUGGCAGGAUCACAUUUAAAUACUUUUGCUAUCGGAGGAGCAAAGUUUUAUGCCCCAAUAAACGAUUCUGGAGAAUCUAUCAGGAUUCACUUGAUUGCAGUUACUCAAUCAGAUCAAGCUUCGUCAGACAAAAAUCAUAAGAGGCGAAGAUUAUCUAAUGGUCAGUCAUCUAGAGGAAUUGCCGAGGUAAAAUGGUUUCAUUUGGCAAGAUUUUCUGAAUCAUGCAAAACCCAAUGCACCAUAUGGGAGCUAAACGAAACCGAGGUUAAAUAUACCGAGAAUUACUUUAAAUCGUUUAAAGCAGAGCAAGAACAAUACGUCGAAGGCCCAAAUAAUCCAAGUGGAUUAGAUUAUUUACGAAAAGAGGAUUGGAAAGAGGAUCUAGGCCGUGGAUACCUGGAUUUAAGAGUAGCAUCGAUCAGAAUUACGCAACUUUAG